CUCAAUGCCACAGAGAGGAAACAGUCAACUUCACUGAUAAAUGCGCCCUUCAGUAAAUGGCAUAAGAAAACGAAGAUAAUUGGAAGCCACCAAUCGAAAGCAAACCAUUUAGUGGCAUUUGAAAGAGCAAAACUGUUUCGACAGUCACAUGAAAACCCCAAUACCCGGAUAUCAGUCCGUAUGGACAGUGCAAAGGAGACCAACAUCAAAGAGAACAGGCACAUUCUCAAGUGCGUUGCAGAGGCUGUUCUCUACUGUGGCCGUCAAUGCAUUGCACUGAGAGGAUCAGCUGAGCAGCAGCAUUGUAGUGGCAAUCCUGGGAAUUUCUUGGCCCUAUUGAAACUGCUUUCAAAUCACGAUGAAAAGCUGAAGCAGCAUUUGGAGAAACCAAAGCUAAAAAAUGCCACAUAUCUAUCACCUCAAAGCCAAAAUGAAAUGAUUGAUGUAAUAGGGAAGCACAUGAUUCAGGCCAAGAUCGUGGAAGAGGUCAGGCAUGCUCAGAUGUACACAGUCCUAGCUGAUGAGGUCACAUCCCAUAAUGAAGAGCUGAUGCCAAUGUGUGUUCGCUUCGUGGACAAAGACUUAAAUAUCAGAGAGGAGUUGCUUGAGAUUUGUACUUUGCCACGGAUCACAGGUCGCCACAUUGCAAGCGCGAUCAAAGAUGUGCUGAGUCAUCUAAGCAUAGAGAUUGCUGACUGUCGAGGCCAGGGGUACGAUGGCGCCAGCAAUAUGAGCAGCGAAAAUGUUGGCGUUCAAGCUUUGAUAAAAAAGGAUGCGCCUAAGGCAGUUUAUAUGCACUGCAAUGGGCAUUGCUUGAACCUUGUCAUUGCACGCUCUUGUGCUCUUCCAGUUGUGCGCAACAUGAUUGAUAAGAUGAAGUACAUCGUCAUGUUCUUCACCUGCAGCCCGAAGAGGGAACACCUUCUCAAGGAGGUUGUAGAUAAGGAGGCACAUUCUACCGGAAAGCGGAAGCCCCUGAUUGACCUCAGCCGCACAAGAUGGGCAGCACGGCAUGAUGCCUACAGUCACUUCUACAGUGCCUUUGUCGCAUCAAGGCUCAUGGGCCUAAUUCCAUCUGUCCAGUGCAACUCAGAUGUAACGGUGGACAUCUCUGAAGCAGUCGCUCUGUACCAAGAUGACUUGCCAUCACCAGAGGUCAUUGACCAGGAGCUGAAACGGUGGAAGUUGAAGUGGCAGGUCAAAGCAUUACACCAAAGACCAAGCUCAUGUGCCUCAGCUAUCAAAGAGUGUGAUGAGAUGAUGUAUCCGAACAUCUUCAAACUCCUGAAAAUUGCAUGCACCUUGCCAGUGACCUCCUGCGAAUGUGAGAGGUCUGCCAGUGUUCUCCGGAGACUCAACACAUUCAUGCGGAGCAGCAUGGGAGAGGACCGCAUGUCAUCCUUGGCUCUCAUCCAUACCCACUACGACAUGGCUCUGGAUCUGGAUGAAGCUGUCGAUCUAUACUCAAAAAUGCACCCAAGACGAUUGGAGCUGAUGAGCGUUCUGAUGCAAUAGAAGCCAUAGAAGAAGAAGAGGGAGACAUGGGGGGUGGGUCAUUUCACGUGAAAUCAGACACUUUGGGGCCCAACCGACACAGAUUUUAAUCAAACUUUGUGUGCCUUCUUAGUGGUAAGGUAGAACCCCAGAACUGCAUUUGCAUGAAUCUGGCACUAAUAUAAGGGAGAAAUGGACUAAGAAUGUUUUAAGUAAGAGGGUAGGGCACUACACAUUCAACCUUGAUUAUGUCAAUUUAAAUUACAAAGAGAUGGUUUUGAUGCUGUUUGAAAGCUCUUUUCUGGAACACUUCAAUUUAUAUCAUUAUUAAUUCAUGUUUAAGUUUUAAUGACCAUACCGAUAGUGUACUUCAUGAAGUAAUUCUUAUCUAUUUAUGUCAACAGUGGAGAGAUAGACAAUAAAGGACAGCAACAACAGACAGACAGAACAACAACAGAGACAGACAAUGGAGGGCAGCAACAGACAGGCAAUGGAAGAAAGCAACAGACAACUGAGUGGGGAGCAACAGACAAAAAAUGAAGGACAGCAACAACAGACUCACAACAAACUUGACGAUGAAUAAAAUAUGUCUAAAUUAAAAGAUUUGAAGUGUGCUGGUGUAUUUAGGGGGCAUUGGAGUAGGGAGCCAAAUGAAGUCCACUUUCGGGGGGAAAAGAUCCCCCCCCACCACAAUGCUGGCU